AUGGACAAGCAACAGCAGCAGCAGCAGGAGCAGCAGCACAAGGGAGAGGAAGACCAGACUGCCGACAAACUCGGCAUUCAGAAGGCACUUGAGGAGCAGCAAAGUCAACACCAGCUGUCGCUUCAGCGCGCGCUUGAGGAGACAAAGAUGCUGAGCAGAGAGGGAAGUUGGAGGAGCAACAAGCUCAAUACCAGAAGGCGCUUCAGCAUGCGCUUGAGGAGAGCAGCGUGCCGAGCACGAAGCCAAGUUGCAGGAGAUGGACAAGCAACAGCAGCAGCAGCAGGAGAAGACCAGACUUCCGACAAGCUCGGCAUUCAGAAGGCACUUGAGGAGCAGCAAAGUCAACACCAGCUGUCGCUUCAGCGCGCGCUUGAGGAGAGCAAGAAGCUCAACACCAGAAGGCGCUUCAGCAUGCGCUUGAGGAGAGCAGCGUGCCGAGCACGAAGCCAAGUUGCAGGAGCUGGACAAGCAGCAGCAGCAGCAGCAGCAGCAGCAGGAGCAGAAGCGCAAUGGCAGUCGAGAGGAAGACCAGACUUCCGACAAGCUCGGCAUUCAGAAGGCACUUGA